AUGGGGUGUGGAAAUGGUAAACAUGUUUUUGCUAUCGACCAUCGACCGAACACAGUUGCGCGUAUUGAGAUGACAGGCCACCGUCAACUCAUCGCAAACGUCGAGGAUUUGGAAGAAGAGUCGCUACUCGAUUCGGAAAUAGACCUUUCAUCUUCGGAAAAGCUACAAGAAUAUACACAUCAGUAUCCAGAAUUUUCAAGGGAGCUUAACCUGUUGUAUUGUAGCAUCGAAAAGCUUCGGCGUUUAUCGGAAAAAGAGAAUGCUUUCAGUGAUAAAGAUUUGUUAUCAAAGAUAAACAAAGAAGUUCUCAAACUUCGCAAAAGAAGCAUAAAAGCUGCUUUCUCACCCGGAACGUCUGAAGAUCAAAAGUAUAGCUUAAUUGCAAAUUUUAUCUUGGACAUAGAGGGAGCAGCUUUAUUCUCCAUGCUUGCUAAACAGUUGUUUGAUUCGUACAUCGAAUGUGUAAAAAUACACUGUAGGAAUGAGGUCCAAUCGGGAAAUCCAUCGGUUAUUGAAACAGACAGGAUGGAUCACCUAACGUCGGAAACCCUUAUUCUUGUUCUGCUUGUGAUACAAAACUUUGCGGAGUUUCAUAAAGGGUUUUGCGUAGCAUGUGCAAAGACAACUGAGGUUGUUUCGCUUUGCCUGAUGCAAAGUCGGCAAGUUGAAGAUGUGUUCACGACCACGCAGGCUGAAGGGAGCGGAAGGCCAGUUCGAGCUAUUCGAAUUCUGGGAUGUUGCUUCAACAUUCUGUAUAACUUGGCCAGAAAAACUGACUUAGUCAAAGCCAACGUAGACUUUGAAGGGAAAGAAACUUUAGUUUAUUUCGCAAAAUCCGAUAUCGCCAUCGUGUCCCCUCUUGCUCUUCUCAGUUUGGCUUACGUCGUGGACGAGGAAAGCAAUCAUCUUAUUCUUGCGGCUGAAGAAAUUUUAGGAGCUUUAACGUCACUUUUGCAAAAGGCCUUUGAGUCUGAACGUAGAAAAUUUGAUGGGUUCUCGGCAAAAGAACUCGCUGAAGGACUCAGUCGCCUCGCGAUAAAUGAUACCAACAAAAGAGUUCUGGGCGAGAAGGGUGCCAUACAGGUCCUAGUUUCUAUCAUCAAAACUUCAAACGACAAUAGUGAGAAAGCUAGUGCAGUCAAUGCGCUUUGGGUGUUAGCUUUCGACGAGAACAAUAAGAAAGCCAUCACUCAAGAUAAAGAAACCUUAGAUAUUCUUCGAGGACUUCAGCAGAGUGACGACCCAGAAGUACAGAAAGCAGCUGCAGGUGCAUUGUGGGAGCUCGAAGGAAAGACGGCGAGGAACUCGGAGAUGACAAAAGCAACCGGAAAUCACGUGAUGAUCAGCUACCAAUGGGAUUCCCAGGAAGUUCUGGUUGAAGUGAAAAACAGACUUCAAGCAAGUGGAUACAGAGUGUGGAUGGAUCUGGAGCAGAUGGGAGGAUCGACCUUAGAGGCAAUGGCUAAAGCUGUUGAAAAUGCUUCCGUUGUUCUUGUAUGUGUAUCACACCAAUACAAGGAAAGUCCGAACUGUCGUUCAGAGGCAGAGUACGCUUAUCAGCUGAGAAAAGAUAUUAUUCCUCUGAUGAUGCAACAAAACUAUAAGCCGGACGGUUGGCUGGGAAUGAUCGUGGGGACAAAACUUUGGAUCGACCUCAGAAACAGUUUUAAUGUGGAGGCAGCAAUUGGAAAACUCAAGAAAGAAUUGGGCGACAGAGGACGAGAGAAUCAAGGAAAUUACCUCACUGUUGAACACGAGAAACCCGUUGAAAAGGUGCGAGAACUCACCCCUGAAUUGUCUGGAGUAGCAGCCUGGACAGCAAAUGAGGUAAAAGACUGGUUUAAGGAAAUUGGUUUAGACGACAUUUGCAAGGCCGUCUUGCCAAAAUUGAACGGACAGGCGUUAAUUUAUCUCUAUGCACUCCGUGAUGAAUGUCCAGAUUAUUUUUACAGAUGUCUAGAAACAAAUCUUAACUUGCGGGAUAUGUUCGAUUUGUUUAAAUUUAGAGAAGAGCUUAGUAAGUUAAUGAAGGGCUGA